AUGAGGAGAAAGGGAAAUAAUGGCAGUCCAAAUGAGAGGGAUAUGCCUUUGGACAAGGGUAAUAGAUCGAAAGGAAAUUGGGCCAUUGAAAAGGGCCCAAGUUUAGAUAAUGGAGUGGUGGGGGCGUUAGAGGUGUCCAGUAACCAACAAGUUUCUGAAAGUGAUAGGAUGGAGCAUUGGGCUAUUGAAGAUUUUAUGGACUCACUCAUUGCCUUUUUAGCCCAGCCCAAACAACUACCUAAAUUGGGAGAUACAGAAGGAUUAGAUGAAAUUACCUAUACUCGAGAACUGAUUGGUACGAAGAAGUGGAGAAGAAAAGAGAAGGGCACUAUUCCUCCAGUUCAAACAAGCUCCCAAGUGAAUCUAUAUGGCAAACGAAACCAGAGUGAAGGCAAUGAGGAUCGGACUUCUAGUUUGGGAGGGGAUUCCAAGAAAAAAGUUAGGUUAAGUUCUGAAUCAAGGGAUUUAGCUUUGGUAGAAAUGGAAGAGGUAAUGUUGGGGUCUGGUCUCUAG